AUGGUCCACAACAUCCAUGUCGCAGUCCUGGACGUCGAUAUCCCAGCGCGUGGCCUAUACGAAGCACGAGGACUGUGCAGUGCGCACUUUCGAGAUAUCCUCAAGGAGACAGCUGCGCACUUGAACAAGAACGACCCUUCCAUUCCAGACCCGAUUGAAAUCACCAUCACCCCCUAUGACAUUCGCGGAGGACAUUAUCCCGACUUCCACCUGCUUCGCGGCGACCCUUCCCAAGAGCAAUUCCCCGUCUACCGACCGAUCGAUGCAGUCUUGGUCACGGGAGGAUCACCAGGUGUAUACGAGAUGCCCAAUUCUCCCUGGAUGCAGAUGCUGGAAAGGUUCAUCAAAGCCGUGUACCGGGACUACCCAGAGGUUCGGCUGAUGGGCACCUGUUUCGGCCAUCAACUGAUCUCCCAUGCGCUGGUGCGCGACCCAGCGGAUCCGGACCGAGAUGUGUAUGUUGAAAAAUGUCCUCUGGGUCGGGAGGUGGGGAUUUAUACUGUCCAGAUGGAGGAGCAGUUCCUUCAGCACUUUUCGUCCGCGCUGGGACAUCUGCCUCAGGGUCAGCUGCGCAUUCAGAUGUUCCACGGUGAUCGUGUGAUGGCCGUGGAGAAAGGACAAACAGUCUCACUGUGUGAUACGCCGCCGGUCUCCUUGCCGGCUCCGUGGAUCAAUAUUGGAAGCACGCCCAUCUGUCCGAUCCAAGGUCUCUACAACCCGGGCAGAGUGCUGACCGUCCAGGGUCAUUAUGAGAUGGACGCCUUUGCCACGUCCAAGAUGUGUAUUGAGAAUGCCCCCAUCAUGGGUUGGAAAGAGUCCAAGUUGGCUCUCUACCUGGAGCAGGUGGGACCUGACACGAAGGAGCGACGAGACGAUGCCCGGGCCUUCGCCACUGCGGUGAUUCUCUUCCUGGCAGAUCUUGCCCGAUGA